AUGGCGGAGCCCACUCUGUGCGCCUUCCUCACCAAGCUACUGUGCGCGCACGGAGGCCGCCUGCUGCUGCCGGCGCUGCGCGCCCACGUGGAGCUGCCAGAGGCGCGGCUGCGGGCGGUGCUGCUCCAGGCCGGGCCCGGGCGCUUCCUGCUGCACGACGUGGCGCCCGGGCCUCUGAGCCCCGAGGCCGAGGCGGCGGCCGGGCUGGGCGGCGUGCACGGGGGCCCCGUGGCCUGCAGAGUGGUGGCCGUGUCCUCCGCGCGCCUCUGUGCCCGCUACCAGCGGGGCCGCUGCCGGGCCUGCGACCAGCUGCACCUCUGUCGCCGCCACGUGCUGGGCAGGUGUCCCCACCGCGACUGCUGGUCCACCUGUGCUCUUUCGCACGACAUCCACACACCUGUCAACAUCCAGGUGCUGAAGAAACACGGUAUCUUUGGCCUGAAUGAGGAGCAGCUCCGGAUUUUGCUCUUGCAAAAUGACCCCUUCCUACUCCCUGAAAUCUGUCUGCUUUACAACGGAGGCGAGCGGCCAGCGGGUCGCUGCAGCCUGGGGGCGAGGUGCGGGCGGCUGCACGUGUGCCGGGCCUUCGUGCGGGGCGAGUGUGCCCUGCGACGCUGCCCGCGUUCCCACCAGCUGCUCCACGCCGCGCCCUUGUGGCAGCUGGAGGAGCAGGGCCUGAGUGUCCCCAGCCUCGUCAACUUCCAGAUCAUCGCGGCCGACAGGCACUGCAGGCUGCAUGGGCUGCCCAACAGCAGAGGUGAGGCUUGGGCUGAUGGGGACAGGUUGCAGGGGGAGAGGAAACUCAGGGUGACUCAACUGCACCCCCUGAGGGUCCCCAUGGCCCAGCGCAGCAAGGAGGAGGAGCUCCCCAGACUUUGGCUGCAAGAGCCCGCCCUCCACUCCCUGUCCCUGCUCAGCAGGCCCGGGCCACACAGGAGCCUGGGGCGGGCGGACCUUAGCGGACAUCGCCAGACACAGAAAGCCACCCUGCUGCUCUGA